AAAUUUACUUCAGUUUUCGCAGAAUGGUCAAGAUAUCGCAUUCGUUGUUCGGGAUUGUCUUUAUGGCACUGGCUGCCAGGGAAUUGAUUCAUGGCGAAUCAAUAAAUUUAAAACUUAUUAAAGCCGUACUUAAGGACAAUCUUGGAGGCAAUGCCGCCUUUUCGCCUCGAAUCUUGAUAGACACCAUGAAAGGAUUUGCUGAUAUUUCCGGCGGGAACACAGUUGCAGAAAUUAAGAAUGUUAUGCUGUUUAAAAGUAGCAACCUGCUACGUGGCAGUAAUUACAGUUAUACGAAUCUUAGAUUGACGGACUAUACUGACGAACUAAAAGACGAUAUAACUUACGAAUAUAAAGAAACCUCCAAUGGGACUCUUAGAUUGACGGACUAUACUGACGAACUAAAAGACGAUAUAACUUACGAAUAUAAAGAAACCUCCAAUAGGAGUCUUGGAUUGACAGACUAUACUGACGAACUAAAAGACGAUAUAACUUACGAAUAUAAAGAAACAUCCAAUAGGAGUCUUGGAUUGACAGACUAUACUGACGAACUAAAAGACGAUAUAACUUACGAAUAUAAAGAAACCUCCAAUGGGACUCUUAGAUUGACGGACUACACUGACGAACUAAAAGACGAUAUAACUUACGAAUAUAAAGAAACCUCCAAUAGGAAUCUUGGAUUGACGGACUAUACUGACGAACUAAAUGACGAUAUAACCUACGAAUAUAAAGAAACCUCCAAUGGGACUCUUAGAUUGACGGACUAUACUGACGAACUAAAAGACGAUAUAACUUACGAAUAUAAAGAAACCUCCAAUGAGAAUCUUAGAUUGACGGACUAUACUGACGAACUAAAAGACGAUAUAACUUACGAAUAUAAAGAAACCUCCAAUAGGAAUCUUAGAUUGACGGACUAUACUGACGAACUAAAAGACGAUAUAACUUACGAAUAUAAAGAAACCUCCCAUAGGAAUCUUGGAUUGACGGACUAUACUGACAAACUAAGUGCCGAAAUAACUGACGAAUUUGACACGCCUAGAGAACUAACUGACGAAAUAAAUGAAGAAGUAACUAACAAAUUCGACUAUACAGUCGAGUCUGACCAAUUUGGUGAUUUGGAUGAAACUGAGUCUCGUGCUAUGUCAGACGUUACUCCCAUUAACUCAGCUAUAUUUGCCUCUAAAGAAGUUCUACCUGCUCUGGGAAAUACGGCGCAAGAAGUUAACUUUAACGACCCCCAAAAUGCUUUACAAACUAUCAAUGAUUGGGUAGCACAGCAAACUAAACGCAAAAUAAAGAAUUUCAUCGAUAGAAUUGAAGCAAACAUGAAAAUGAUCUUGAUCUCUACGGCCUCCUAUGAAGUAGAGUGGAAAUAUAAAUUCAAUCCCAAAUUGACGAAGAAGGAGAGCUUCUAUACGAGCCUAACUCAAACUAUUCCCGUCGAUAUGAUGAGCAUAAGCGGUAGAUUUUAUCGCAGAUAUAUCAAAAGUAUAGACGCCGACGUCUUACAACUGCCAUUUGCAAAAAAAGAAAUUAAAAUGACAAUUCUAUUGCCGAGGAAAAUAAAUGGCAUAGACAAGCUUCUUGAGAGUUUGACGACGCUCGAGCUGAAAAAUCUAAAGUUUAGUGGAAAGCCAACCAAACUAAUCGAUGUUAAAUUGCCCAAAUUCAAAGUAGACUUUAAAGUUGAUCUGAAGAAAUCGAUGCAGGGCCUGGGCGUUCACGAUUUGUUCAGCAAUGCGAAUUUUCCAAAUAUAACCAAUCACGGUGUAAUGAAAGUGAAUGCUAUAGUACAAAACGUCGCAGUGGAAGUAUCUGAACGUGGCGCCUUGUUUGCGUUUGCUGCAAGAGCACCCUCGUCAACUCCAAAAUUUGUAGUGGACCAUCCAUUUGUGUUUCUCAUCCGCCGAGGCAACGAUGUCUUUUUCGCAGGACGUGUCAACUUUGCCGAUAACUAGGAAAUUGUCGAAAUAAUAUCGGGAGCAGUUACUGAAGCCCACUGAUAGCUUUGCCUUUGCUCCCAGAACAUUUCAGCAACUGUUCAACCCAUCAACCCGAAUAGCUGAUCGAUUAUUUAGCUUUAGAGUUGUUGAUUAAAUCGGAUUGAUACAGUG